AUGGGUGACUUCCUGUACUCGGGCUCGGUGCUCGCGAAUGAGUCGUGCGUCGCUAACCCGUCGCUGCUCGACACGCUCAGCAUCAACAAUCUGCUGAACAUCAAGCAUCUGGCUGGGGCAGGCGGAUCCGAUAUCGGAGGUGCCGGUGUACCGGAUGGGCUUGGUCCGAUUGGGGAGACCUCGCCGGCGUCCUCCUCGGUGUCGAAAAGCAACGGAAACGGUAGUGCUGGGCCCAAAAUGACCUCCGGAGGAGGUGGUCCAACGGGUGCACUAUCGCUUGGAGUUGGCUCGGGUGGUGGAACUGGCGUACCCGGGGACGUCGAUGGGCCUGGAUUGCUGAUGGCGUCGAGUGUGGCCGCAUCUAGCUGUGGUGUCGGUGGACUUUCGGCGGUUUCGGGCAUCAUCACAACGGCCAUGUCCUCGGAUGGGUGCUCGCUAGCGUCCGUUUCGGCUGCACGAGAGCUUUCACUAGCACUGGGUUCAGCGGCCACUGCUGCUGGAGCAGUAGGACGAGCCGUGGACGAUGCUACGGUGACAUCGUCGCUGCUGAAUGGAGGCAGCAUUACAUCGCCCUCGAUUGUGAGCCUCGGUGGGCACGGUAGUGGUGCCAAUGGCAAUAAUAACAGUGCCGGUCACAACCACAGCAACAACGGCAGUAGCAGCAACAGCAGCAUAAGCAGCGGUAGUAAUGGACCCAGUUGCGGCAAUGGCAACGGUGGCUCGAAUCCGAACAGCGCCAACAAUAACCUGCUGCUGGACAGUGCAGCCGACCAGCUGCAGUUGCAAUCGGUGGCCGAAGAGCUCAGCCUGAAGGGGACGGAUUUGAGUUGCCUCGGUGUUGGAGCCAACCUGAUGGUGAAUGGUUCGUCGCACAUGGGCUCGUGUUUGGCACCGAGUGGACUUGGUUUUGGGACGACUCCUGACCACUCCAGUCCGUGGUCGACGGGUCCGGAUGAAUCGACGGGUGGUCCAGGCAGCUCCAGCGGUGGCCAUCUUUCGAUAAACGGGCUGGGUGGGUUCCAGAAUUUCUCAAGCAAUCUCUACAGUGGCGCCGUCGUGGCGGCUGCUGCAGCCGCUGCAGCUGCAGCUGCACAGCAGCAGCAACAACAGCAACAGCAGCAGCAGCAACAACAGCAGCAGCAACAGCAACAGCAACAGCAGCAGCAACAGCAGCAGCAGCAUCAGCAACAACGCCGUGCCAUUACGGCUUCGCAUGGUGGCUUCCCGAGCCAUCAUCAUGGCAUAUCGCCGAACGGUUUGUCCGUCCAUGGCAGCUCCAUGUUGCAGCAACAACAGCAACAACAGCAACAGCAGCAACAGCAACAACAUCAGCAACAGCAAAACCAGUACAAGAACUCGUACCCGUCUUGGUCCAACCCAGGACCAUGGUCUCAGCCACAGACAAACCAGCAGCAGCAACAGCAGCAACAGCAGCAACAGCAGCACCAUCAACAGCAGGUGCAUCAGCAUCAGCAGCAACAGCAGCAAAGCUCGCUGUCCUCCUGGAACCGAGGCCGAUCUGUGUCGAGCCUAAACGCGUCCGGACUCGGACCAAACGGGUUGCAUUCGCGCAAACCGCCACACCAAUCCGGAAGUCAAUCGCUCUCACCGUACGGCAUCGGCACCAGCAGCCACCUGCAGCAAUCCCACCAUCAUUCGCAGCAACAUGCUCACCAACAGCAAAGCAUGCAGCAGCAGCAGCAACAGCAGCAACACCACCAGCAACACCACCAGCAACAGCAGCAGCAGCAACAUCACCACCAUCAAUCGCACCACCAGUCGAACGCACUGCAACCGUUGCAAUCGAAUCUGGCCAAUUCACCGUCGCGCUAUCGGCGUAGCGCUUCGGCCGUACAGUUUCCCAACAAAUCGUCCCUUUCGCUGUCGGCGAGCGGUGGCGGUGUGGGUGGAGGUGGUGGGGUGAUGAGCGGUGGUGGUGGUGGUGGUGGUGGUGGAGGCGUCGGUGGCAUCGGUUCGGGUGGAUUUCCGGGACCGCUGGAUGUUGUAUCCGGCAUGGACGAGAACCGCGAUCCGUUCCUGUCAUCGUACCAGGACCGCACCGGACUGAGCAACGGUUUGGACAUGCGCUCGCUCGAGCACUGCCUGAGCGACAUCAUGCGAAACGUGGGUGAAGCAUCGCAACCGGAUCAUCUCAAAGGAUUUUUAAACUGCAACACCAACACGCUUCAAUCGCUGGCGCAGCUUCACGGAAAACUCGAUUUCCACGAAUUCAUCCCAGGCAAACCAUUCUUCACGGGACUCGAUGAGCACCUGAACGACGAUGAUGGCAGCGGUGGAGGCGGUGGCUUCAUCGGAGGCAAUCAACUGCAGCUCAACUCACCGGCCAGGUCUUCACCCCACUCGAACGGAUCCGAGACGACGGAACGUUUCUCACGGAAAGUGUUCGUUGGUGGUCUGCCUCCAGAUAUCGACGAAGAGGAAAUAACCACUUCCUUCAACCAAUACGGAGAUCUAAUCGUUGAUUGGCCUCAUAAAGCAGAAUCGAAAUCAUACUUUCCUCCUAAAGGAUACGCGUUUCUUCUCUUUCAGGAGGAGCGCGGUGUACAGAAGUUGAUCGAAACGUGCGUUCCUGAUGACGAUAAGCUCUACAUCACCGUCUCCUCGCCAACGAUCAAGAACAAAGCGGUACAAAUACGCCCGUGGCGACUGGCCGAUGCCGAUUUUGUACUGGAUGCGUCAAUGCCGCUCGAUCCAAGAAAAACCGUGUUUGUCGGAGGCGUUCCGAGACCGUUGAAAGCAUAUGAACUAGCGAUGAUAAUGGAUCGCUUAUAUGGAGGAGUAUGCUAUGCAGGCAUUGACACCGAUCCGGAACUCAAAUAUCCAAAGGGAGCCGGUCGUGUAGCGUUUUCGAAUCAACAGAGCUAUAUUGCAGCCAUCUCAGCUCGUUUCGUCCAGCUGCAGCAUGGCGAUAUCGAUAAACGUGUCGAGGUGAAACCGUACGUUUUGGACGAUCAAAUGUGCGACGAGUGUCACGGUCAGCGUUGUGGAGGCAAAUUCGCUCCUUUCUUCUGUGCCAACGUCACCUGUCUUCAGUAUUAUUGUGAACAGUGCUGGGGCUUAAUUCAUUCGCGCGAAGGCCGCGAGUACCAUAAGCCCCUCGUCAAGGAAGGAGCGGACCGGCCUCGGGCUGUGCCCUUUCGUUGGUGUUAA